GAAUAUAGUUGGUCCGAUUUAUUAUCAAAAUAAACGUUCGCUUGCUCUGGAAGGCACUCAAGAGCUUUUAUCUAAUCACAAAGUUGGGCUGCUUGAGAAGUUUGUGGCUGGGCAUUGGGUGUCGUGCUCAGUUAAAAAUAAUUUGAAUUUUUCGGAGAUUUUGUAAUAUUGCUUUAAUACCAGAGUGGUCAGUUGGACUGUGGACUAUUAUUGGGAAGUGAUUGGAACGGCAGUGAAAAGUGUAGUGUUGGUGAACCAGUGCGGAAGUUUUCAAGUGGAGACCAUUAGUUUAGUGCUGCUGACUCUGAAUCAACGUACAAACUCGUCGAGCUCGUGGGAACAAGGACUAUCAAGAUCAGUAAUCAUGUCUGAACAGCAAAACGGUUCAGCGCCAGUUGCCGAGAUGGCACAAAUGGCCCUAGCAGACGAUCAAUCUGGAAAUCUGAAGGAAAGUUUCAAAGCCUUUGCUAAAUUUGGAGACAUCAAGUCAGAUGGAAAACACAUCACCUUGUCACAGAGUGAUAAAUGGAUGAAGCAAGCAAAAGUAAUCGACAAGAAAAUAACCACCACCGACACCGGAAUAUAUUUCAAGAAACUGAAAUCUGUUAAGGUUUCCUAUGAAGAUUAUUUGAAAUUUUUGGAAGAUUUGGCAAAAGCGAAAAAAGUGGAGUUGUCAGAAAUCAAAAAUAAAUUGGCCAAUUGUGGAGCUCCAGGGGUGCAGCAAAUUACACCUGGCAAAGCAGCUGCAACUGUAGGUCGUUUAACUGACACUUCCAAAUACACCGGCUCGCAUAAGGAGCGUUUCGAUGAGACUGGCAAAGGCAAAGGUAUCGCUGGACGCAAGAAUCUGGUUGAUGAUUCUGGCUAUGUCUCGGGCUACAACCACAAGGACACCUACGAUAAGACUCACUAAUCGAUAGAUUCGACACUUCUAUAAGAAUGUCAUAAAUGAUUAUUAUUUUUGUGAUAAUAAUAUUAUAAUAACCCAUAAAUCAAAAUGAACACAAAGUAAAGGAUUCUAUGUACUAUAAAAGCGUAUGCAUUCAAUUUAAGUUAAACUUUCUUGUUUGCUAAAAAGAUAUUUACACACCGGAAUAUACAUACAAACAGUUCAUAUUUAAAAAAAAAACCAUGUUUCGGCCUUACCGACUCGCAUUACAAAUUGGACAAGGAAAAACGCUAUCUAAUAGCAAAAAAUAGAAUAGUGCGAGCAUAAUUUAACGACCAUAAUAUUACCUCCAUCUUAUUAAAAGUACAAUAAUUAUAACGGGGCAUUCAUAAAUAUAGAUUUUCAAAAUGAAACGAAACUGUUUUCUGAUAUUAUAUUUUUACUUGAAUUUUAUAGAGUCCAAUCCGUUCAAUAUGUACCACUUAAGAGUUUCAUGAUUAUUAUUAUUAAUAUCAAAUGAGAAAAGUAUAUGUGCAUAUACGAGUAUUUUGGAUGAAUAUUUUGUUACCUAUAGUACUUCAAUUGAGAUAUUAUGUUUGAUUAAUCAUUUGUACAUGUAAAUUAUUAAAGAUAUAAGUGAUCGUUUUGUCAUUAUGAAAUACGUACUUUUGGUGGAAAAAAAAAACAUAUAUUGUAGUAAGUUUAGCCAUUAUUCCCUCCUUGGUAACAGACUUUUCAUGUUAUACACAAUAAACUUUUUCUAAUAAGUA